UCCACGGCGCAUGUUUGUGCGUAACGCAUCAUGUGAUGUAAUACGGUUACCCAUCGAUUUAAUUGCAAGUGCAGCGGCAUGCUCGAGUAAGUCGGUAUUUGCAUAUGGAUUAGGGUGUGCGUGUUUUUCCCUGGGAGGCGCGGAGCUGUCCCAAACUGAUGGAUGCUGUCGCUGCUGCCGCGUGAACCGGUGAUGCUGCUGCGCUCGAGCCGCUGAGCUUUCUCUCUCUCUCUCUCUCGUUCGCUCGCUCUCUUUCCCUUUCACACACUCUCUCUCUCUCCAUCCUCUCCCUCCUCGCUCCUCUCCUCCACACGCACAAAACGCUCUGUCAUGGCGUCUUCCAACCAUGUUACCCCUACCAACUGUAGCUGGUGGCCCAUCUCAGCCAUGGAUGAAGACGGCAAAAUCACAGACGGGGAGGAGUGCGAAGAACCGGCGGCAGAGCCCAAACCCUUCAACAAAGACAGGCUCGUUUUGUACCACUGGACGCAAUCUUUCACCUCCCAAAAGGUACGGCUCGUCAUUAAUGAGAAGGGUCUGGUCUGUGAGGAGAGGGAUGUGAGCUUGCCACUGCAGGAGCACAAGGAGCCCUGGUUCAUGAGGCUGAACCUGGGCGAGGAGGUGCCCGUCUUCCUCCACGGAGACACCAUCAUUAGUGACUACAACCAGAUUAUAGAUUACAUGGAGAAAACCUUUGUGGGAGACACAGUGGCUCAGCUGAUCCCUGACGCAGACUCGCCUCUCUACGAUCGUGUGCAGCAGUACCGUCAGCUGCUGGAUGGUCUGCCCAUGGAUGCGUACACACAUGGCUGCAUCCUUCAUCCAGAGCUCACGACUGACUCUAUGAUCCCAAAGUACGCCACAGCAGAAAUACGUAGACAUCUGGCCAACGCUGCGACAGAGCUGAUGAAGCUGGACCACGAGGAGCCUCAGCUGACAGAACCGUACCUCUCCAAACAGAAGAAGCUAAUGGCAAAAAUCUUGGACCAUGAUAAUGUGAAUUACCUGAAGAAAAUUCUGGGAGAGUUAGCCAUGGUUUUAGAUCAAGUGGAAGCUGAACUGGAGAAAAGAAAACUAGAGUAUCAAGGCCAAAAGUGUGAGUUGUGGCUUUGUGGACCUGAAUUUACACUAGCUGACAUCUGCCUCGGAGCCUUGUUGCACAGGCUCAAGUUCUUGGGACUUUCUAAGAAAUACUGGGAGGACGGCAGUCGGCCCAACCUGCAGUCCUUUUUUGUGCGUGUGCAAAAACGCUACGCUUUUCGAAAGGUCUUGGGUGACAUCCACACGACCCUCCUGUCGGCAGUCCUACCCAACGCCUUCCGGAUGGUAAAAAAGAAGCCGCCGUCCUUCUUCGGGGCCUCUUUUCUCAUGGGUUCACUGGGCGGGAUGGGCUACUUUGCCUACUGGUAUUUAAAAAAGAAAUACAUGUAGUGAAUGCCCACUUGUUGUGUUAUAUGUCUGUGUAUUUGUGUGAUGUUUAAACUUUUCUGUAAUGUUUUAUGACUGCAGGAAAACAUAAUGAAUCUAUAUAGAGAACACUAUUACUUACCUGGGUGAACAAAGAAAUAUUAAAACAUUCCAUAAUAAGAAAUUCUUAACAGCACAUUUUCUGGUAAUCAAGGCCUUCGUUAAAGUUUAAUUACUGGAAACUUGCAGCUCUUGUGCAUGCAAGUCCUCAUUUAACUUUUGUUGAAGGCAUGCAUCAGGUCCACCUACACUGAAAUCUUAAAGUGAAAAAAAAAAACCCAGAUAAAACUUUAAACACAAUAACAACAGGGUUUAACUGACCUUCGCAUGCCACUAUUAUAGUCAUUACUCAUACCUGCUCCUCACUCCUCCAUCUACCUGAGGUAUAACCAGUAAAACCACAGGGACAUGUACAUGACGAUUACUUUCUGAAAAGUGCUGUGCUGCCAGAAACUGCCACAUGUAAUGAUGAAAGGAUGGAGGCAAACUUUAAAGGUAUGCUUUGACAUUUUGGGAAAUGUGCUUAUUGGCUUUAUUGAUGAGGCGUGGAUGAGAAGAUCGAUACUACUCUCUGUGUAGGUGUUAAAUAUGAAGCUACAGGCCAAGAGGGUGAUUAGCUUAGUUUAAACACUGAAAACAAGCAAAACAGCUGCUCUGUCACUGAAAUGUGAAUACCAGCACCAGCUAGGUAUAGAAUGUGAUUUUCACAUAAACGGCAUGAAACAGAAGCCAAGACCAGUAAAUGGCUUUGUCUCAUUUAAAUAUGAAAAACAUAAUUAUGCUUCACCGUUAACAUGCUAGGUCUAAUCGAAUUAUCACACUCAGCUAGUGAUAAUUCAGUCAAAUUGUCACACUCCACAUGUAAUUUGAUUAAACACAAACACAUUAGCUAUAUUUUGCAAUAUGCACUGCUGGACAGUAGAAUCUGAUAUAUUAAAACUGAGCAGAUAAUUUGGAUAAUAAUGCAAGGCGCGCUUCAGUCAAUAUUGUGCUUAAGUGGUGCAAAUCACUUAACACAUUUCUAAUGACUCAAACUGCCACUCCACUUUGGGUGGCAUGACAUUGCGGUGUGGUGGUUUGCACUGUUGACUGGGAGCACUCACUAUAUGCUGGAUUUUUCUUUCAGCAGCUCCAUAGAUGUUCAAGUUGGGCCAAUUAUUGCUUCUAAAUUGGCCAUAGGUGUGGAUGUGAGUAAGACAAAGUGCUGUUUGAAAAUGUGAAUGUUUGGUUUGUAGUGGAAAUGCUUUGAGUGGUCCAGUCAGACUGUCGUUCUACUUUACCUGGUUGUUAGUCCUAUUUUUUAAAAUAAAGUAAAGCAGAGUAUCAAACAUACAUAAAGUGUGUCACAUUACAAGAUAUGAAUAUCUUCCAGUGUCAUGAUGAAUCACAAAGGGGAAAGGUUAAAAAGAAAGUUUUAAAAACAAGAGCAGAAGAAGAAAUCUGCUUUUGUCUAUUUGUGUUUCUUUUGGGGGACUAAACCUUGCUCCUGAUAGAAGCACGUUAGGGAAGCUAAAGGUGCAAAACAGUGUGUGGGUCUUUGAGAAGACCGUCAUUUCAUGCAAAUGUUUCCAGUCUUAAUGCUGAACUAAGCAGCUGUAGCUUCAUGAUCAUGCACACAAUGAAAGCAGUACCCAUCUUCUCAUCUAACCCUCAGAAAUAAAGUGGAAAAAUCUCCCAAACUCUAAAAGUGCUCCUUUAACUUAUUGUACACCCAAAAUGUAAUAACACACAGAGACAUGCACACGUGUGUCCAGAGUCAGUUUAUUUAGAGCACCACAGAUCACACAGCACACAGCGGUCCACUGUCACUAUCUUUGUCGCUGAGCAGAGGAAAAUCUGGGUGUUUGAAAAGUUACACUUGGCUCUACUGAUAGCAAAACAAUAAAUUCUGCAUCUAUGGCACAAUAGUGAUGACUUAGGGUUAGGAUGUAUGUUUCAUUGCAUGGAUUACUUUCGUAUUGUGUACACUGAGGGGUUUUUUUGUGGCCCAGAGGCAGAAUUUAUGACAUGACUAAGCCACAGAUUUCUAAAUAUUCAGUUGGUAACUGUAACCUUUGAAGCACCUGCACUGCACCGCGUGUCUGAGACGGUCCCUCAGCAAUACUGAGCAAGAAAAAGCGCACUGGAAUUCACUGCUGUUUGUUUGUCUCUGCUGACUUCCUCCUGACAGAUGCAAGAUUGUUUUUAACAGAUAGAUAUUUUUAAUUACACACGGUCACAUUUAUUUUACCAUGCUUAAUUUUUAAUGAGCUUAAAGGUUAAACAAUGGGAACGAGGGAAGGAAAAAGCUGACUCAUCUGAAGGCUAAAGGAGCAUGAUGGUGAGAAGCAGAGCCUUUCCCCUCUCAGCUAGCCUUCCCAGCUGUCUCGUUGUUUCUUAAUGCAGUUUAUUUUUCUUACUCCACAUUAUGUUAACCUUUAACGGGAACCACUUUGUGUUUCUUUGCCAGAUGUCUGUGCUUUUUAAAAAAAUCCAUGUUAUCAUGUGCGCUCUUUGGGUUUAACUCAUUGUUGUGAGGUGCUGGCUGGAGUUGUAAGCUGCUUUUGCUUUUUCUUGGCUGGUUAUCCCGACAUUCUUGCAGUAAGAACUCACAGUGCAGCGACUCAUUCUCUCAUUAUAACUGCUGCUCAAGACAUUAAUAAAUAACAGAGGUCAUGGAGAGUUUUCCAGGAUGCGCCCUGUUUUCCACUGUCACACAAACUCGGCUCUGCAGGUGGUGAUUAGCAUCUGACUGCAGCAGAAAAGGCUGAACCACAGACAAUGAUCAGUACUCCUUUAAUAGAAGUUUGUUGCUGUUUCAUGUCUUGUAGCAGAAUCUGUUUUUUAUUAAGAAAACCAAAGUGUACCCAGUUUAAUUUUUGAUAUGGAGAAUGCAGGGCGGCCAGUGAGAUCAAUAAAUCCUUCUUGUCUGGAAAGAAGACAUUUGAGAUACACAUUAAAGUACUUGAUUUCAAGAUGUUCAGAAGGGAGGUCAAUGAGAUUUCCAAAGUUUGAAAGCAAGCAAAAGAGGAGAUAUGUGUCCAGUUACAAAUAAAUCAAAUAAUUAGCUUAACUGUGUUCUCAUUCAUGUUGAGAUUUUCAUGCUAAAACGGUUCAAUAAUUGACACUGUGGGGGCAAAUGCCAAGAAACGUCAUAACCAGCCAAUCACUGUAAACGCCUGGUACAUUUUGAUUAUUGCAAGCACAGCUGUUACGAUUCCACUGCUUCCUCUGACUGAAAUCACACUACCCGAGGGGUCGGAUCUGUACUUCUCGGAUCCAACAAAGAGUUCAAGUCGAAGAAAUCCCAGUUGUGAUUUGCAGCCAUUAUAUUUCACUAUAGUAUUUUUUUAUUUUUUACUUUUUAUUUUUUAUAUUUCUAUAUAUGCAUUUAUUUAUGGUGCUUUUUAUGAUGUUUGUUCAUAAGCCUUAAUUUAUUCAGUUGCCAUCAAUGACCAAUAAAUAAUGAAAAUAAAUAAUGGAACGUUUUUUUUGUUGGUUUAUUUGGACAAAAACUCAGAGCUUCCUGCACAGAGGAGAAAGUCCGUUUUUUUAUAUUUGAUACAUAAAUCCCAACAGCAGAAAACUGAAACAUUCUUCUGUGAUUUACAUAUGUAAGCUUAACAGAAGUUUAACAAAAUAUGACUGGUGUCAUUCUAUAUUUUUCUCAUAGCUCACUCUUUUUACACAAAUCUCUCUGGCUCCUCCUUCCUGCUGACUGUGUAAAUCAAAAAUAUAAAAGUUCAGCUUUUAAAGUGAAAUUUAUGCUGUGGUUUCUACCAGAGAUGUACUGCUGAGUGUUUAAGGCAGCAAGAUUGUAUAAGUGGGAAUUCAGAUUUAUUCAUAUAAGGCCAAAUCACACAGAUCAAGGUGCUUUAUAGUGUGAGCUAAGGACCAUCAGAUGAUCCCCUACAAGCACUUAGUGACAAUGAGGAGGAAGAACUCCCUUUUAAAAAGGAAGAGAGGGCUAACCUAGGCCAGCUGGGGUUUGAGGGUUAAGUAGGGCAAGACAGGAGAUUACGACCAACAAGCAGGUCCAAACACAAACUACAGAAGUUAAUGACAUGCAGCAGUGACGAAUAAACACGUGUGAAGUGGAGAGUACUCAGUGCAUCAUGGGAAGUCGUCUAGCAGCAUAACUAAGGGAUGAUUCAGGGUCACCCAACUAACUAUAAACUUUAUGGAAAAGAAAAAUCUGAAGCUGAAUCCUAAAAAGCAAAGGGAGCACCAGUAAACUACACUGUUCAGCAUUUUUAAUAGCUUUUGUUCGGAAACAGAAAAUUAUGGCACAGAAGAAUAUUAAUCUUGGUCUGACUGGUCUUUUAAAGACCAGUUAAAAUAAAAAUUGAUAGUGUUUCGAAAGCGGAUGCCAACAUAAGUAUAAAGUUGUUUUUCCUCCAUGUUUUUAAACUAUAUCUUUGCUGUAGGGAAUAAAUAGUUUUCUUUAAACAGUUUAGGCAUUUUUUCAUGAAAUAAUUAACA